AUGACUUCAACCUGCUCUGCCUCUGCAUAUUUAUCUUACUUUUUCACUGACUGUAUGAUGUCAAGAUGGCUUGUAAACUAUACGCCUCCAGCAGUCAUAAUCCGUCUUCUCACCAUAAAUUGCCUCAUCGCCUAUCUCACAUCCUGGAUCCUUUACCUCUCCGGUGCCUCUUCAGAUCCUCGUCUACUCCUCCCAGCCUGGAUAUCAAUCACCUCAAUCCUCACUCUACUCUACCACCUGACUCAACGCAAGAUAAAUAUCAAGAAAGAAACCAAGGCUUCCCUAUCGGUUUUCUCCAUAGCAAGCUUCAUAAGUAUGUCGUCAUUACUACUACAGCUUCACUUAUCCCGUGAGAAUGAGCCGGAGAUACCCCUUUUCGUCAUGCUACACAAAGCCUGGAAUGUUGGUAUGCAGUGGAUGAUUGAGUGGAGAGUCGGGUCUUGA